UUUGAGCCAAAACUCUAAUCAUAUAAAGUUUAAGGCAUUUAUACUUUAGCCUAAAAUCAUGACAACUUCCAGAGAUUUCACGGGCAAAGUAGUGCUGAUUACCGGCUCGACCAGUGGUAUCGGUGCUGUCACUGCAGUAGAGUUCGCCAGACUGGGGGCUCAUGUAGUGGUCACCGGUCGCAGGAAAGAUAGGGUGUCCGCUGUGGCUCAACAGUGUGCUGAGGCGUCGCCUACCGGUGCUAAAGCCCUGGAAGUGGUGGCCGAUGUCACCAACGAUGACGACUGUCGCCGAUUAGUCUCAGACACUAUCAAGACGUUCAAAAAGCUGGACAUUUUAGUCAAUAACGCGGGUCGGGGAUCAGUGUCGAGAAUAUGGGACGGGGAUAUCCUCGACAAGUAUGAGCUCAUUAUGAACACAAACCUGCGGUCAGUCGUACGGUUGACUAACUUAUGUGUCGAGCAUUUGGAGAAAACUAAGGGUAAUAUCGUUAACGUGUCGAGCGUUUCGGCCUUUAAACCGAGAAAGCCAAUAUAUCCAAUGUCAAAGGCGGCGCUGGAUAUGUUCACAAAGUGCGUAGCGCUCGAGUUGGGCCCCAAAGGCAUCCGGGCUAACGUUAUCAAUCCCGGUCCCGUUAAGUCAGAGUUUGUCGAAAUCUAUCGUAACGUUACUAAAGCAAAAUCCGAUGAAUUAUACGAAGAGAUUGUCAAGAGGUGCCCGAUAGGACGGGUGGGUGAGCCCCUGGAUGUGUCAAAAGCCGUGUUAUAUUUGUCGUCCGAUGAGGCGUCGUUUGUGACCGGAUGCAACUUCGUGGUCGAUGGCGGCGCUCAAUAUGUUUAACCCUCAUAUUUAUCAUAUGGUCGAGUCUUAUUUAUUGGCAUUAUGACCUAGAUAAAUUUAAUCAAGAAUAAGAUUUAAUGAAUGUAUUAAUGAAUUGGUUUUGAAUUAAAAAGUUUCUAUACUUAUGAACGAGUGUGCAAUGUUACUUUAGCAUUUAAUAAUUUUA